AUGCCAAGAUCUUUUCGCACAGGUACACCUUUACUAGUUGAUUUGGAGAUAGCAAAAUCUGCUAAACAGAGAAGGAAGCAAGCCAGACUUUUAAAGAAACAACAACAAUCCAGAGUUUCUUCAUCAAAUCCAUCAACCACAUCCUCUCCAACAUCCAAAAGUAUCACCCCACCAUCUUCACCUACUCCUACCAUGGCAGACAACCAUGGAGGAAAUCAAAAUCCUCCACAUCCACCACCUGAACAAACCUUUAGACAAUGGCCACAUGAAGUCACAGAAGAUCAAAUCAAGUUAAGGGUAUUCCCCUUUGCUUUACAAGAUUCAGCGAAGGAGUGGUUAUAUGACUUACCACCGAGGUCAGUCACAACAUGGAAUGAACUUGCAAGGAUGUUUCUAGAUAAAUAUUUUCUAGAAAUGAGAGCUUCAUCUUUACGUAGAGAGAUAAUUGGUAUCAAGCAACAAAAGAGAGAAGCUUUGCAUACUUAUUGGGAACGGUUCAAGAAAUUGUGCUCAAGAUGUCCACAACAUGGGAUUACAGAAUAUCAGUUGCUGCAGUAUUUUUAUGAAGGAAAGUCAUCUUGGGAUAGGAGAUUACUCAAUGCAUCAAGUGGUGGAUCUAUAGUUGAUAAGACUCCAACAGAAAUCAGAGUUCUUAUAAAAAACAUGGCAGAAGAGUUCAAGCACACAGUCCAAGAAGAAGAAUGGUACAAUGAUGCACCAAGAGGAGUGAAAGAAAUUUCUACCCCAAAAAUUGAAAGUCAACUUUCUGAGUUGACUAAGGUAGUAAUGAUGCUUGCAAAGGACAAGGGCGUGCAACCACCAACAGUUAGACCUUGUGGUAUUUGUACACAAGUUAGACAUUCAACCAACAUGUUCCUUCAACUUCAAGAAGAAGAUUAUGAAGAAGAAAAAGCCAUGGGAGGUUUUCUUGGAUCUAGUCAAAGGGGAUAUGAGCAGCCACGAGGUGAUCAAAGAUGGAACAACAAUCAAGGUUGGGGAGGAAAUCAACAAGGGAACUACCAACCAAGUCAACCACAUCAAUACCAACAAAGACUACCUUUUCCACCACAAAACUUUCAGCCAAGGCAACCACAACACCCUCCUCAACAAGCGGGUUCAUCAAGUAUGUCUUUAGAGGACUUAGUGAAAAGUUUGGCAACUAGUACACAAGUUUUCCAACAGGAGAAAAAAGCAAGCAUAAAGAACUUAGAGAAACAAGUUUCACAGCUUGCUAUUUCCGAAGAAGAAAUAGUGGUUGAAGAGGCAACCAAAGAAGAGAAGGAGGAAGAGAAAACAAUCGAAAAGAAGCCCUUCAUCACUGAGUCUAAAGCCACACCUGCUCCAUUUCCCAAAAGAUUAAAGAGCACGAAGAAAGAACGGGAGGAGAAUGAGAUCAUGCAAAUGUUCAAGAGAGUUCAAAUCAACAUUCCACUCAUCGAGGUCAUCAAGCAGGUACCUAGAUACGCAAGGUUCCUUAAGGAUCUUUGUGUAUCUAAAAACAAAUUAAAAGGAAAUCAAGUCGUAACGGUUGGGGAGCAUGUAUCCGCGGUUUUGCAAAAGAGGAUGCCCCCAAAGUGCAAGGAUCCCGGUGUCUUUACCGUGCCUUGCAAGUUGGGAAAUCUUUAUGUACCCCAAGCUAUGCUUGAUCUAGGUGCAUCCGUAAAUUUCCUACCAUAUUCUCUUUUCAAAUCAAUUAGUGUAGGAACAUUGAGCAAAGCCGGUGUGAUCAUCCAACUUGCUGACCGGUCUUUGGUACACCCAAAAGGAGUAUUAGAGGACGUGUUACUGCAAGUCGAUGAAUUUGUCUUCCCGACUGAUUUUUAUGUCUUAGAUAUGGGAGAUGAUGACUCUCCAAGUUCAAGUUCCAUACUUUUGGGUAGACCUUUUCUUAAAACUUCUAAAACAAAAAUCAAUGUCUACAAUGGAACUUUGAGUAUGGAAUUUGAUGGUGAAGUUAUCAACUUCAAUGUGCAUGAAGCAAAAAAGACUCCUUUUGAUGUUCAAUCUGUUAAUUUUGUCAAUUUGAUCAAUCCCUCAACAAAAAAGGGUUUAAACUUGUCUAACAAUGAAUUUCUAGAAUUAGUUUUGUCAUGGAAACUAGACAGGGACAAAGCCAAAGAGCUUGCAAAGAAGUUUGAUAUGGAUAAUGAAGUGUUGGAGAUAUUAGAGUUUAUGAUGACAAGAAGCAUGUGA